UGGCGCGCAGGUUACUCGCAUUCAGGACAGUGAGAAGGAACUCCUGUGGUGCUGGGCCGUGUGAGCCCCUUGGGAACUGGGAGACAGAGACUCUUAAGAGCAGUCCUAGGUUUAACCUAGGACUCUUAAGAGCAGUCCUAGGUUAAACCCUAUACUCCGUUCUCCAGGAAGACAGGGGGACCAGGAGCUUAACUUCCCAGACUGGCUUCCUUCUAUCCUGGCAGGGUUCUCCGUAUUUCUGGAUCUCCUAGUGAUUUACUGCCUGCGCUGUAGAACCAUAGGCCGAGGGUUACCUGCCAGGAACAAGACUUGGGAUCUGCUGGUGACUGCAAAGACAAUAGAAUUAGUGACUUCAGUUUUGAGAAGAGGGGUUCCUGGUGGCUCACAAGGACUGCAGAAGACAAGAGAUACCUUUGGCGAUGUCAAAGAGAGGCAAAGUGAGGAAAAGUGGCCAUGCUCCACCUACUGGCUCGGCUGCCUGGACCUCUGUCUACCUCAUGUGUAUUCUUCAAUAUCCACCGUACCCUGCCCACUCAGUGCUCCACCUAUGCCCUGCCCACUCCCAUGCUCCGCCUGCUCCCUGCCAGGUUCAAACUGCAGCCUGAGCCAGUCCAUGCUUCCCCUUUCCGCUGGUGAAACAGCUUGCUCCAUAGCAAAAUAGAAACUGGCCUGCAAACAGACAUGCAGCUGCACAAGUUUCCUGCCCGGCUGAACUCUGUGGCCUGUGGGCUCCUGCUUCUCUUCAUCUGUGGCCAGGCCCAGGACUCUGCCAGCCCCGUCCGGACCACAAACACAGGGCAGGUGCGGGGCAGCUUCGUCCAUGUGGAGGGCACCGAUGCGAGGGUCCACACCUUCCUGGGAAUACCCUUCGCCAAGCCACCUCUAGGACCUUUGCGGUUUGCACCCCCUGAAGCCCCUGAGCCCUGGAGCGGUGUGAGGGAUGCAACCUCCCACCCUGCUAUGUGUCUGCAAGGUGAUCAGUUAAAUAGUUCAGAGGGUCUGAAGCUCUUUAAUAUGACCAUGACUUCUAUCCCCAUAUCCAUGUCUGAAGACUGCUUGUACCUCAACAUCUACACACCUGCCCAUGUCCAUGAGGGAUCUAACCUGCCUGUGAUGGUAUGGAUCCAUGGUGGUGCACUGGUUCUAGGCAUGGCUUCCAUGUAUGAUGGAUCCAUUCUGGCAUCUUCUGAGAACGUGGUGGUGGUCACUAUCCAGUACCGCCUAGGUGUCCUGGGCUUCUUCAGUGCUGACUUUCAACCUGUCCCCAGCAUCAUUGGUGUCAACAAUGAUGAGUAUGGCUGGAUCAUUCCCAUGGUAAGGCCCUCAGUAUUUUGGGGUGUGCAUUUGAUCUGUAGUGGUCCUCUAGAUUACACAGGUGCACUUGGCUCUACUGACAACCAGAAGAAAAUGAACAGAGAGACUCUGCGGGCUGUUCUGCAAAGCAUGUCAGCACAGAUGAUGUUGCCUGCUGAGUUUGGUGACCUGUUGAUGGAAGAGUACAUGGGAGACAAUGAGGACCCCCAGGUCCUCCAACUGCAGUUCCAUGAGAUGAUGGCAGACUCUAUGUUCGUGAUUCCUGCCCUCAAAGUAGCACAUUUUCAUCGCUCCCAUGGCACUGUCUACUUCUAUGAAUUCCAGCAUCCUCCCAACUUCCUCAAAAACAUCAGGCCACCCCAUGUGAAGGCUGACCACGCUGAUGAGGUUCCCUUUGUCUUUGGAUCCUUCCUGUGGGGCCAGAAAGCUCCUUUCACUGAGGAGGAGAAGCUACUAAAUAAGAGGAUGAUGAAGUAUUGGGCCAACUUUGCACGAAAUGGGAACCCCAAUGGUGAGGGCCUGCCCCACUGGCCUGCACUGGACAAUGAGGAGCUGUACCUGCAGCUGGACACAGAGCCUACUGUGGACCGUGCCCUGAAGGCCUCCAGGCUGAAGUUCUGGAUGGAGACCCUGCCCCGGAAGAUCCAGGAGCUAAAGGGUGCUGAGGAGAAGCACACAGAGCUGUAGCUCCGUGUGUGUGGGAGGGAAGGGUGGGCAUGAGUGCAUGUAGGGUCUGCCUAGGAUAACACACGCUCACACGCUCACACAACCAUUAAUCCACUCUUCAUGCCUCCAUUCAGCCCUAGCUCAUGAAGAAUCUCCUGCAUGA